AUGGUUCAAUUAACUAGUCCAUGCGCCGUUUUGUUUGCCUUUCAGCUUAUCGCUCUCUCAGCAGCUGCCCAAGUCCCUCUUUUCCCUCAGUCACACUCGGAAGGCUAUCAGUUCAAGCCUCUGCUUCAUCUACCAGGCAUCUCGCCCUAUUUCGACGCAAUUGGGUCUGGAUUGGACCAUGGCGCGCCUCGCAAUUGUGAGGUGACAGCUGCCUCAUACCUCAUCCGCCAUGCGGCAAUCUAUGCCAACGACGAUGACUACGAAAAGUACAUGGAGCCAUUCCUCAAGAAACUAGACUCGACGAUAAGCGUAGCAUCGGGCAAGAAGCGAAAGGGGUGGGAAGGUCCAUUGGAGUUUUUCAAGAAGUGGCAGACACCUAUCCCCGAUCCGGAUAAUCAAUUGGAGCAGAUAACUCCUCAGGGUGUCAAGGAUUCGAAGGCUGUUGGAAAACAUCUGAUGUCGAGAUAUCCAAAACUGGUGCCAACCACAAAGCGAGUAUAUGCCGACAAGAAGAGUAGGACACAAGAUACUGCAAAGGCCUUCAUCAAGGUCUUUCCGCAGAAGGUUGAAUUGGUUGAGAUGCGCGUGGAGAACAAGACAUCUUUUUAUGCCCAAGUACCGCACAAGGCUUGCAAUGCCUUCACGAAAAAGCCAGGCGACGAUGAGCUCAAGCAAUGGAUGAAUACAUAUACUCUGCCUAUUAUCGCCAGACUCCAGAGAUUUUCUCCCGUGGAAUUGGAGCCUACGGAUAUAAUGGGCCUUCAAAUGAUGUGUGGUUAUGAGAGCGCUAUCAACGGGAAGGUUAGUGACAUCUGUCACGUCUUUACCGAUGCCGAGUGGAUGUCAUACGAAUAUGGUUGGGACAUGAAGUAUUCCCUGAUGGUCGGCCAUGGCAAUCCAUUGUCUAAUUACUUGGGAUUUCCUUGGCUCAACACUACGUCAGAGUUGAUGGCUAAAUUUCAUGCUCCAAAGCAUGGCGAUACAACGAAAAUUCCAAAUGACGACGGGGAAAGAUUCUUCUUGAGUUUCACGCACCGAGAAGUUCCACCAUUCAUUGCCACUGCUUUGGGUCUUUUCAAUAGUUCGAAUGCUGCAAACGAGGAAUUUCCACUCGAUAGGAUCAAUUGGGCACGCUCUUGGCGGAUGGCCGAGCUUAUACCCUUCCUUGGCCACAUUGGCAUCGAGAAGCUCACAUGCAACAGAGUUUCGAUCGAUCCAGAGGACGAUAAGGAAUAUAUAAGAAUUAUUGCUAACAGCGCACCACGACCGCUACCAGGCUGUCAAAGUGGACCAGGUGCUAGCUGUCCCUUCGAUCAGUUUUAUGAAAUGAUCCAGAAUGGAAUGGAGAAGUAUGGUGAUUUUGACGGCGUAUGUCGAAACAAUGAGAAGGACAAGACAGAACUAUAA